UCACAUUGACCGACACAGAGUCACAGGCUGCAGUGUUCAGGGUUUAGAGGAGCUGUUGUUUAAAAAAGGAGGCCAAGAAGUACUGCUUUAUAGGUGCUUAAACAGCUGCUGUGGACAAGUGGUGGAGGCAUGGGCUCUGGUAUUCUGCUGGUGGUUAUUUGAAGAAUCAGAUCUGCACCAGGACGCACCCAUCUGUGGACUUCUGCAAGAAGAAAAAUCACAGCUUGCUGAGCGAAGAACUCGAGGUCAUCUUAGUUCAACAUUGGCACAGUGUUAAUAACGUGUGGAGAUAUGUCACCUUUUCUGAGGAUUGGAUUUUCGAACUUUGAGCUCGACUCUGGUCUGGCCUACCAUGAGGAGGUGCUCAACCCAUAUUGUGCCGUUUAUAUGAAAGAGCCCAUUGACACAGAGAAAGGCCAGGUCUACAAACAGAAGAAGCCCACCAUGUAUCCUCCUUGGAGCACCACAUUUGAUGCUCAUGUCCAUCGCGGGCGCAUCAUGCACGUCAUGGUGAAAGACCGGACAGCAGAGCUCAAUUCUGAGGCCACCGUCGCUCUGGACACUUUGGCCACACGCUGCAAGAAGGAGAAUGGCAAACUGGAGAUGUGGGUUAGUGCAGUGUUUCUGGAUCGGCCUAUGUGUGCUGCUAAUGGAUACUGUUUGCAGACCCCAGAUGGCUUGGAACUGAAGCCACAGGGAAGGGUGCGGAUGGAGGCCAGAUACUUUCUGGAAAAAAGUGAUGCGGCUGGAGUUGCUGAGGGAGACUCUGAUGUUGAACGGGAGCGGGAGGGUCUCUUUGCCCUUCACCAGAGACGAGGGGCCAUCAAACAGGCCAAAAUCCACUUGGUCAAGUGUCACGAAUUCAGUGCCACCUUCUUCCCCCAGCCUACCUUCUGCUCCGUCUGCAAAGAGUUUGUCUGGGGUCUCAAUAAGCAAGGCUAUCAGUGCAGGCAGUGCAAUGCAGCAAUCCACAAAAAAUGCAUUGACAAAGUUAUUGCCAAGUGCACUGGUUCAGCAAUUAAUAGUAAAGAAACUAUGAUUCAUAAGGAGCGCUUUAAAAUUGACAUGCCGCACAGGUUCAAAGUGUACAACUACAAGAGCCCCACCUUCUGUGAGCACUGUGGCACGCUGCUGUGGGGGCUGGCCAGGCAGGGGCUCAAAUGUGAGGAAUGCAGUAUGAAUGUCCACCAUAAAUGUCAGAGGAAAGUAGCCAACCUCUGUGGGGUCAACCAGAAACUAAUGGCUGAAGCACUGGCCAUGAUUGAAACUAAACAGCAGCAAGCCAAGACCUCCAAAGACUCUGACAUCAUCAGUCGAGAGGGUCCCAUUGGUAUUGGUCUACCAGGAGUGGUCCGAGCUCCAUCAGGGAUUAUUAUGGGUUUACCAGCAGUUGCUAUACCUAACAAACCAGAGCAGCAGGGUGUUUCUUGGGAGGGACCCAUUGGCCCUGCACCCACAAAAGAGGAACACGAGGAGCCACUCUAUGCUGUCCCCAGGAAAGAUCAUCACACCAAAUUCAACAUUGAUGACUUUGUCCUGCACAAGAUGCUGGGGAAGGGGAGUUUUGGCAAGGUGUUUUUAGCAGAGCUGAAGAGAAAUGGGCAGUUCUUCGCUGUGAAGGCUCUUAAAAAAGACGUGGUACUAAUGGAUGAUGAUGUGGAGUGCACCAUGGUGGAGAGGAGGGUCCUAUCUUUAGCCUGGGAAAAUCCAUUCCUCACACACCUCUACUGUACCUUUCAGACCAAAGAGAACCUGUUCUUUGUCAUGGAGUAUCUAAAUGGAGGAGAUCUUAUGUUCCACAUCCAAAGCUGCCACAAAUUUGACUUGUACAGAUCUACAUUUUAUGGAGCUGAGAUUGUCUGUGGGCUACAGUUUCUCCACUCUAAAGGCAUUAUUUACAGGGAUCUGAAGUUGGAUAAUGUGCUUCUAGACUCUGAAGGACAUAUAAAGAUAGCAGACUUUGGCAUGUGUAAGGAAAACAUGCUUGAGGAUUCAAGGACUGCUACAUUUUGUGGUACUCCAGACUACAUCGCUCCAGAGAUUUUGCUGGGUCAGAAGUACAACAUCUCAGUGGAUUGGUGGUCGUUUGGGGUGCUCCUGUAUGAGAUGUUAAUUGGUCAGUCUCCGUUUCAUGGCCGUGAUGAAGAGGAGCUCUUUCAGUCCAUAAGAACAGAUAACCCAGUUUAUCCACGCUGGCUCACCAAGGACUCCAAGGACAUCCUUGUCAAGCUGUUUGUGCGGGAGCCAGAGGAGCGUCUUGGCGUCAAAGAUGAUAUUAGGCGGCACAAUUUCUUUAGUGCCAUCAACUGGAAGGCAAUGGAACAACGACAGGUCUCUCCUCCUUUCAAGCCAACCAUAUCAUCGCCUAGUGACUGUAGUAACUUUGACAAAGAGUUUAUCAACGAGAAGCCGAGGUUGUCCUGCGCUGAUCGGACACUCAUCAACAGUGUGGACCAGACAAUGUUCCAGAACUUCUCUUUUGUCAAUCCAACUAUGGCCCAUAUCACUGGCUGAUGUUGAGUGAAACCUCUUCAAUCGUGAUCCUCCAUUUUAAAGAUACUCUGUCAAACUGUAACUGAGACAAAUACUGGACUUUGGUACACAUUUUUAAGGUACUGUUUUAUAGACGCAACAGACAAAUCUGUUUGAACAUUGAUUCAGUGUACUUGUUUAGGUGACUACAUGAAUAUGUUUUGACUCUGCCUCAAGGUAACUCCCCAAAUAAAAAAUGUAACAAUAUACUACCAUAUGGUACAUGUACAAUACGCAUUGUUUUGUUGAUGAUAAUAAGGUAUUCUGUUUGUUUUCAUUUUGUUUUUGUUUGUAACAAAUGUGCCUCAAGACAACAUCAAAUAUUUAUCAUGCUGUUGUACAGUAUUCUGUGUAAUCCUUGUUCUGCAUCCUUAGAUUUUAUCAUAAAUUUACAUACCUCAUCUUUUUGUGCAAACAUCCAUCAAAAUAUAUUUUACUGUAAAUAAAAAUAUUUUAGACAUAAUAUGGCAGAUGCACAAAUGCAUUAUACUUGAAUCUUUUGUUGUUACUGAGAACAGCUUAAUGGUUAUGUUUUUUUAUUGGUAUUGUGAAUUGUGCCCAAUAAAUAUUUUUUUCUACUA